GGCUGGUAGCCAGGUGGGCCCAUAAGUAGGAGGCUGCUCCCUCCCUGGCCUUCUGUGCCUUCACUGCCUGCCCGGCCCAGCAGCUCCCUGGAGUGCAGCUUGCUCAGCCCUGAAACCAUGGCCCUACGUGUCCUGUGGCUGGGCCUCGCUCUCCUGGGGGCCUUGCAGAGCCAGGCCCAGGAGCUCAACCUGCUGCCAGCCCCCCCGCUGCUCAAGGUCCCUCUGCAGCCCGACUUCCAGGAGGACCAGUUCCAGGGGAAGUGGUACGUCAUUGGCCUGGCGGGGAACGCAGUGGGCAAAGAUCAAGGUGAGUUCAAGAUGUACACCACGACCUAUGAGCUGAAAGACGAUGGCAGCUACAAUGUCACCUCCACCCUGCUUAGGAAUGACAACUGUGUCUACUGGAUCCGAACUUUUGUCCCAAGUUUCCAGCCAGGCCAAUUCAACCUGGGCAACAUUAAAAAUUUCCAAGGCAUUCAGAGUUACACGGUGCGUGUGGUAGCCACUGAUUACAACCAGUUUGCCACUGUGUUCUUCAAGAAGGUGUCCAAUGGACAAGAGUAUUUCAAGACCACCCUCUACGGGAGAACCAAGGAGCUGACUCCGGAGCUGAAGGAAAACUUCGUGCGUUUUGCCAAAUCCCUGGGGCUCACGGAUGACCACAUCAUCUUCUCUGUCCCAAUUGAUCGGUGCAUCGACGGUGACAAUGUGUGACGGUGCCGCCUUGAGGACGGCUGCCCCCAGCCAACCCUGCUGGCAGUGGCAGAGCUAGAAGACCCUCCGCUGGACCUGGCUCCCCCUGACUGCCCUCCUGACCCAGCCCAUGUAGCUUGCUGAAUAAACACCCAAGUCACCAGG